GGGCUGGGGAGGGGGUGGCUGGGGGGGGUCUCUCACUGAUAACAGCAAUCCGCUCACGGGAGCUCGCAAGAAAAGCCAGCAAGAUCCUCUCAGCCCCCGCCCUUUGCAACAAGCCCUUGUGUAUUUAUUUAUUACAUUGUAAAGACGCUCGCGUUGCCCUGAAAUUGGUCAAAAAUCAUCUCUGCAAGAAAAUUCACCCACGAAUCUGGUAUCAGAGAAAGAUCCUGGUGGAGAAAUUAAUUGCUGAAACUUCCUCUGCGAGUGCACCCAAAAAAAUACUGAAGCCAAUAUUGAUUUUCCAUUUGAGAAGUGGACGUUUUGACAUGAACGCAAUUAACUGAUGGGGCCCUGUUGAGAACAGAUAUCAAACGCAGGUUGCUUCCAGGGAGAUCAGGAAGUGAAGAGAGUCGGGCUCACCAUCUGCUCUCUGUGCAGCGGCGGAUUCCCAGGGUGCUGAAGGAACUGAUUUCCAGCAUUCCUACUCUUCGAGAUCAGAAAAUGCCGGGAAGGAAGACAAAUCGAGCAUGCAGGAGCACUUCAAUCCUUCUCCUUCUGAUCCACCUUGGGACAGCGUUGGAUGUACCCCUUGACUUGCCGCAACCCCCUACAAUCACCCACCAGUCUCCAAAGGAUUACAUAAUCGAUCCAAGGGAUAACAUACUGAUCCAGUGUGAGGCAAAAGGGAAGCCUGCUCCCAGGUUUUCCUGGACCCGCAAUGGAACCCAUUUUAACCUGGACAAAGACCCGCGAGUGACAAUGAAGCCAAACUCAGGGACGCUGCUCAUUAACAUUGUGGGUGGCGGGAAAGCAGAAACUUACGAAGGAGAGUAUCAGUGUACAGCAAGAAAUGAUCGCGGCACAGCCCUGUCCAACAAGAUUAUCAUUCGCCAGUCCAGGUCCCCCAUGUGGGCUAAAGAGAAGAUUGAUGUGAUUGAAGUCCGUGAGGGGGCUUCGCUUGUCCUCCCCUGCAACCCGCCAUCUGGCCUUCCACCUCCGAUCAUCUUCUGGAUGGAUAACUUGAUGCAAAGGUUUGCACAAAACGAACGGGUGUCACAGGGUCUGAACGGAGAUCUGUACUUUUCAAACGUGCUACCGGAGGACACCCGGGGGGACUACAUCUGCUACGCCAGGUUCAACCACACUCAGACCAUUCAGCAGAAGCAGCCAAUCUCUGUCAAGGUGUUGACACUGGAUGCCAUCAAUGAGACUUAUGCAGGUUAUUCGAAUGGCACUGAACUGUAUGGUGACAGCCCAGUGGGAGAACGAAGGCCCUUCAUUAUUAGUCCCAAAGAAGCAAGCAGCAGUAAGACUGUACUGAGAGGGCAGGUCCUGUACUUGGAAUGUAUUGCCGACGGCCUGCCCACACCAAUUAUCCAUUGGACCAAAGAAGGGGGAGAGUUGCCUAGCCACCGGGCCUUGGAGGUCAACUUUAAGAAGACCCUGAAAAUUAUUGAUGUCUCCGAGUCGGAUGCUGGGAAAUACCGGUGCACAGCCAAGAAUUACUUGGGAAGCAGUACACAUGUCAUUUUCGUCACAGUCAAAGCUGCACCCUAUUGGAUCAGCGAACCCAAGAACUUGAUCCUCGCACCCGGGGAAGACGGAACGCUGAUCUGCAGAGCUAACGGCAAUCCCAAGCCUACUAUCCAGUGGCUGGUCAAUGGUUUUCCGAUUGAAAAUGCCCCAAGUGACAUCAGCAGGGAACUAAUGGAUGACACUAUUCGCUUCACUAAAGUCCAGGUCUCUUCCAGUGCUGUUUACCAGUGCAAUGCCUCCAAUGAGCAUGGAUAUUUGUUGGCAAACGCAUUUGUCAAUGUACUUGCGGAGACGCCCAGAAUGCUGACACCGCCUGACCAGGUUUAUCAGGUAAUUGCCAACAAGGCUGUGUUGCUGGACUGUGCGUAUUUUGGAUCACCAAUACCUCAGAUUCAAUGGUUCAAGGAUGACCAAGGCAGUGUCCUCCGCGGUGACUCUUAUGUUUUCCAUGACAAUGGCACUUUGGAGAUUGCCUUUUCGCAGAAGAAUGACAGUGGGACCUACACCUGCAUCGCAACCAACUCACUUGGCGUCGUCCAGAACAAAGCGUUUCUCCAGGUCAAAGAUCCGACGACCAUCCUGAAGCAGCCGCGUUAUCAGUCAGUGCAGACGAUGGACACGGCUGUGUUUGAGUGCAGAGUGAAGCACGACCCGUCACUCACUCCGACAAUUACAUGGCUGAAAAACAACGAGGAGCUGCCUGAUGACAACAGGCACCAAGCCUCUGGUGACGUCUUGACCAUUCUGAAUGUGUCUGAGGAAGAUCAGGGAUCCUACACGUGUGUGGUGAACACCACCUUGGACACCAACUCUGCAACGGCCGACCUUACUGUCCUAGACAGUCCCGAUCCACCUUCAGACCUGGAAUUAACCAACCCUCAAGAUAGAAGCGUGCAGCUGUCCUGGAUUCCAGGGGAUGAUCAUAACAGUCCCAUUACAAAGUUCAUCAUUGAAUAUGAAGAGGAUCAGUUUGAGCCUGGAUUGUGGCAUCAUUUGACCGAUGUCGGAGGAAAGCAGACAACGGUCCACCUGAAGCUUUCCCCCUUUGUCAACUAUAACUUCCGGGUCAUCGCUGUCAACCGAGUAGGCAGGAGCGAUCCGAGUUAUCCAUCCGAGCGCUACUUCACACAGCCAGCUGCUCCUGAUGAAAACCCUACAGGAGUCCAAGGGAUGGGAACGGAACCCAACAAUCUGGUGAUAACCUGGGAGCCUUUGAAAGGUGUCCAGUCCAACGGGCCAGGCCUAACUUACAAAGUCAGCUGGAGACAGAAGGACAGCGAUGACGAAUGGACCUCUGUGAUGGUCGCCAAUGUUUCAAAAUACAUCGUUUCGGGCACCCCGGAAUUUUCUCCCUAUGAGUUGAAAGUGCAGUCGUUCAACAUCCUUGGAGCUGCCUCGGAGCCUGAAAUUGUAAUCGGAUACUCGGGCGAGGAUUUGCCAAUGUUGGCUCCUAGCAACGUGCGUGUCCACGUCGUGAAUAGCACACUCGCAAAGGUGCACUGGGACCCAGUUCCAAUGAAAAGUGUCCGUGGAUUCCUCAAGGGAUAUAACAUCUACUACUGGAAGCAAGUGAGCCUGAACAAGCGGGGCAAAGGUCACACAGAUGUCAAGAUUUUGAACUUUCUGGGAGAUAAGAGCCAUGGCAUGUUGCCAGGGUUGGAACCUUUCAGCGUUUACAAGCUAAAUGUUCGAGUCCUUAAUGGGAAAGGAGAAGGACCUCCCAGUGAAGACGUGGUACUGCAAACUCCAGAAGGAGUGCCCAGCUCUCCAGAAUUCUUAAAGAUUACAAGCCCAACACUCAACUCUCUGACCCUGCAGUGGGGCCCUCCACUUCAUCCAAAUGGUAUUCUGAACGGAUACACACUCAAGUACCAGCCCAUUAACAGUACGCAUGAACUCGGCCCUCUGGUGGAGGUUACAAUCCCUGCAGAGAAUGAAACCAGUUGGACUCUGAAAAAUCUGAACUACAGCACUCGCUACAAGUUCUAUCUCAACGCCUUUACCAGUGUAGGACCAGGCAGCAAGUUAACUGAAGAGGCCAUUACAGUCCUGGAUGAAGUCAUGGUACUUCGUCCAGUAAUUACGAACAUUACCUCAGCCGCAACCCAUGCAAAUAUCAGUUGGGAGUUCGGCCGAACGGAUAUGCACUUUUAUGUUGAAUAUGAGAUAGCUGACAGUAAAGAGCCUCUGGACAAAAUGCAAAUCAAUGCCUCGCAGAACUCCUUUGUGCUAAAGGGCUUGUUGCCAGCAACAGUUUACAGAGUGCGGGUUAUUGCCGAGAACCAAGCAGGCCAGUUGCGGAGUAAGGAUGAGCGGUUUGAAACCCGUCCACCAGCCAUGGCAAGCCGACAGGUAGACAUUGCUACCCAGGGUUGGUUCAUUGGAUUAAUGUGUGCCAUCGCCCUCUUGAUCCUGAUCCUCUUGAUUGUCUGCUUCAUCAAAAGGAAUAAAGGCGGCAAAUAUCCAGUCAAGGAGAAAGAGGAUGCUCACGCAGAUCCUGAGAUCCAGCCCAUGAAAGAAGACGACGGAGCCUUUGGUGAAUACAGUGACACAGAGGACCAUAAACCCCUCAAAGGGAGCCGGACGCCUUCCGAUGGGACAGUUAAGAAGGGUGUGAGUGAUGACAGCCUGGUUGACUACGGUGAGGGCGGUGAAGGUCAGUUCAAUGAAGACGGCUCUUUUAUUGGACAGUACAGCGGAAAGAAGGAAAAAGAAGCAGUGGAGGGGAAUGAGAGCUCCGAAGCCCCAUCCCCAGUCAAUGCCAUGAACUCCUUUGUCUAACAUGGAGGGAGAAUGUGGGAUCCUUCAAUGCCCAUAUACCAAUAAAUCGUAGAAUUUAUCCAUUCACACUUAUCUUCUGACUUGUCAUUACAUGCACGUUAAGAAAUAAAGGAAUGAUGAGAAGCUAGUGCCUAAAAGUCCUGAGCGUAUAGACGAACGAAAGAGUGAAAGAAGAGGAAAAACCAAAUGUGAGGAAUGCAGCUGAGCGGCGGGGGAGUCCGAGUUAUUGUCCGCGGAUCUUGAACAGAAGUUAAUCUCCUGUGUAUAUAGAGUUGGACUUGGCACAUUAUUUGUUGGGUUCACUUCUUCGUUUCCUAUUGGUUUGCGCUAACAUAGUGCAUGAGAACAACGUGUAUCUCACUGCCACCUAAGAUAGAUGAGUGUAUGCUGUGAUGACAGUGGUUUGUAUUAUAUUUGUUCAUAAAGUGCACAGUGCAGUGACUGAAAAUGAAUCUCGUUUUGCCGUCAGUGUUCAAUUGGUAUUCUAGAGCUCUCCGAUGUCAGUGGAACGUUGUCACAAAGAUUUUUUUCUUUGAAUGUUUAACAACUGUUUGUGUCUUGUUUUGUUUUGCAAAAAACAGCAAAAGGAAGAAAUGCCAAGGGGCUGAUUGUAUUGACUCCCAGUGCAAGGUUUGAAGUGGAAUGUUUCGGGAUAGUAACUGAGCCCCUUGCUUGGACCAUAAUGUUGUAGUUCCUAUUCUUUCAAGGAGAAAUAAGAGAGAAUAUUUUAUCCUCUUCAUGUAUCACCACACUGACUGGCACAAAUCACACACUUCUCGAUAUGAGCACACUAAACCUCUCGACGCCUUACACACACACCCUUCUUUUGUAAAUUAAACCUAGCACCAUGUUACAGAGAUUUUAACACAAGGCCAACAAUUUAAUACAGUUCCUAUUGCUCACAUCAUCUUGUUAAUACUGUUAGGUACAAACUGAACAAAAGGGAUUUGACAAAUGUGGCCUCUCUCUUUUUAACCUAAUUUUAUUUUGGCUCUGAUUUAAUUGGACUAACCAGAUCUUUGCAGGAAGCUAGUGAAGAAACAUGGGGGUUGGGGGGGGAACAAAAAAGAAUUGGGAUUACAAGCUCUUGGUUGCAAGAAUCUUGUUUGCUUUGCCAUUGAUUUUUUUUUCAUAACUUGCAUCAAGUUUAAUUGAGCUUUUUAUGUUGUUGUAGAUAUUGUGCUGUAUUUUGUAAAUAUACGUUGUCUUGUCAAGGCCUCAGGCCUCAAGGUUUUUCCAAUGUAGCUCGGGUUGUAUUGUGUGUACACUGAUAUAUCGCCCCAUCGAACUUGCAAAAUUGUCUUUGGCUGUUAAGGCAUUAAAGAUUAACCCCCUGGAUGUUGCUGUAAGGAACCCUGGAGAAAAACCACAGGGUUGCAACAAAACAAAGAUUUUUGUUUUCUCUUUCCUUGAACACAUUUAGUUUAUUAGUUACAUAAAUGUAUUUGAGGUGGGUGGGGAGGCGAAUGGUUGUUUUCACUGGGUGAGGGCGAGUGGAGACUGAAGAUCAUGUGAGGAAACCUCCAGGAAUGCAUUCAACCAGAUUUGGCAACUAUAUUUAUUGAUCAGAUGUGAUUUUUCUUUUCCCCCCUUUUCCUCACUGUAUUUGAUUUUGUGGAUUGUGAAGCUGCGAGCUUACUGGCUGUGAUAGGAAACCUGUUUGCAACUAACCAGCAAGUUUCAUUUCCAAACUUUUGGUGUGCUCCUCCUGGAGCAGUGUACUGUGUGGGGGGGGAGGCUAUUUGAAUAACCUCGUUCGAAAUUAACUGCAAGGUGCCUCUUGAGAAAUCAAUUUUUUGAGUCGUUGAGGGUGGGGACACAUUAAUUCUGCUCUCUCUCUCUUUCUUUCUCUUUCUGUCUUUCUCCCUCUUUCUUUCUUUCUCUCUCUCACUCUCUCUCACUCUCUCUCUCUCUCUCACUCACACACACACACACACACACACCCUGGGGUUUUUUUAAAAACAUAUUUUCUCAACAGAUUCAAUGUACUAAUGGGUUUGUUGUUACUGGAGCUGGUGGAAUCGAGUUAAUUUCGAGCGCUGGUGAACUGGGUGUGAGAUUUCUUUCUGCAUGAGAAAGUGAAGACGUGCAGUCAGAUAGAGGGGUCUGCUGCUCUCACUGUUCUUCAAUGCCGUUAAACGCUUACUGAUUUUGUAUCAGGAGAAAAGAAAACAAAUGGGAAAAUAAAUGUGCUUUAGACUUUA